AUGAUCGGUCUCGACCCAAACCUCACUCUCCUUCCCCGUCUCGUGGAUUACUACGCCGCCGAGAAAUCUGACGCCAUCUACGCCGAAUACCCCAAGUCAGCUUCGAGCUACGACGAUGGUUUCUAUCAAGUGACCUUCCAAGACUUUGCCAACGUCGUCAACGGGCUGGCGUGGUGGUUGACAAAGAACCUUGGCCCCGGGAAGGGAGAGGUUCUGCCAUACAUUGGCCCCAACGAUGUCCGAUACCCGGCCUUGGUGCUUGCCACAGUCAAGGCGGGAUAUUCUUUGUUCUGUACUUCACCUCGCAACAGUCCCGCGGCACAUAAGAGCCUCAUCCAACGGCUGAAAUGUACGAAAAUGCUUACUACAGAAUCCCGGUCGCCUGCUGUCACUGCCAUAAUCGAAGAUAACAACUUGAGCGGCUAUGAUGUGCCCAGUGUGCAAGAAUUGCUGGGGACGGAGCAUCCUCACUUUGAGUGGAACAAGAGAUACGAGGAGGCGGCAAGAGAAACGCUGGUCAUCCUCCACACGAGCGGUUCGACUGGCAUCCCCAAGCCCAUUUACUGGACGCAUGAUCUCGUCAAUAAACAUAUGAAGAUGGGUCUUCUUGAGACGCCGGCAGGAUCUGAGAACAUGGACGACUGGACACGAGGUAAAAGGCUGUUCUCUGUCAUGCCGCCUUUUCACGCGGCUGGUCUCGCUAUCCUGCUCUACUGGGGCUUGCCUCUGGGUCUAACAAUUGUAUGCCCAACGUCCGUCGGCUUACCAAGCCCAUCCGGCCUGGUCCAAGUUACAAAGAAAACCACUAUCAACGCCGCGUUCGUCCCCCCUUCCCUGUUACGGGAUCUAUCCCGAAGCCCAGAAGACCUCGACCACCUGAGCCAACACCUAGACCACGUCAUGUACGCAGGAGGAGACCUACCCCAGCCUGUUGGCGACAAGAUCGCUUCGAAGGUCCGUCUCGUCAACAGAUAUGGCGCCUCCGAGCAGGGCCUGCCGAUUCAGCUCUUCACCCCUGGCUACCGGGACCCUCUCAAGGACUGGCGCUACGUCCAAUUCCACCCGAACCUUGGUAUCGAGUUCCGGCAUGUCACUGGUGACGAGCAUGAAAUGGUUAUCGUUCGUAAGCCAGAAACCGAGGCCCACGCCGUACCGUUCACUAUCUUCCCCGAGGAGCAGGAGUACCACACCAAGGAUUUGUGGGUGCGUCAUCCAGACACCCGCAACAGGGAUCUUUGGCGAUACAGUGCCCGCUUGGACGAUGUCAUUGUCUUCUUGAACGGCGAGAAGACGAACCCGACCUCCAUGGAGCAGCACGUCGUGGCUGCCAAUGCGGAAGUCACGGGUGCUAUCGUUGCUGGCGCCCAGCGCUUCCAGGCCUCUCUUCUCAUCGAACUCGCUGGCAACCCCGCGCUGGAUGCGAGUGAGCGAGCGAAGUGGAUCGAGAAAAUCUGGCCCAGUGUGGAAGUAGCCAACGCCCAGUCUCCUGCCCAUGCCCGCGUCGAUAAGGCGCACAUUAUAUUUACCAGUCCUCACAAGCCCAUGCUCCGGGCGGGAAAGGGCACCAUUCAGAGAGCGGCCACCCUUGCAGCAUACGCGGAUGAGCUUGACGCGUUGUAUUCCGACGCUGACAAGGUCGCUGCGCAGUCAGAAAGCCAUGUCUCCGGCCCGGGGCGCACCACCGAUGCGAAGGCGAUCGCCGCCUUUGUUCGUGACGUCCUAGUUUCCGUUACCGGUUGGAAAGACGACCAGCUUGGCGAUAAAGACAACUUCUUCCAUCUAGGCCUCGACUCGUUGCAGGCUAUAACAGCGACUCGCUCUUUCACGCAAGGCCUCGACUUUCCCGACUUCACUGUCAACACGAUCUAUCUCCACCCGACUAUUUCGGAGCUGACGCAGGCCGUCAUCCGCCACCAAAACGAGGGCUCAAGCCCAGAGGCUCAAGCGAAGGCGCAGCUUCAAGAACGGGACGCCAUGCUGCAGGACUUCCUUGAUCGCGUCCGCAUCGAGACGCCAGCUGAGAAGCAGACCGUCAUCCUCACUGGCUCGACCGGCACGCUCGGCACCUACAUCCUGCAGACACUCCUCCAAAAUCCGGCGAUCGCCCACGUCUACUGCCUGAACCGCAGCGACAACGCCAUCUCCUUAAUGCGGCAAAAGAGCACCCUCUACCACCUCGACAUGCCCCUCGACGACCCGUCCCGCGUCACAUUCUGGAAAGCAGACCUCACUCGCCCAGACCUCGGCCUCGACCCUUCAUCCCUCAAAACACUGCAGUCCCAAACAACCCUCAUCAUCCACAACGCCUGGGCCGUGAACUUCAACCUCUCCCUCUCCUCCUUCGAGCCGCAACUCCAGGGCGUCGUGAACCUCCUCAACCUCUCCAGCUCCUCCGCCCACUCCGCAAAAACAUUCUUCAUCUCCUCCAUCUCCUCCGUAAUGGGCCACAGUUCGCCCGACAAAACUACACCCGAACGCAUCAUCACCACAACGUCCCCCACACCCAACGGCUACGCGACCUCCAAGUACCUCGCCGAACACAUCCUUGCGCACGCGGCAAGCCCCAAAACCCGCAACCUCCGCACUGCCUUCGCCCGCGUCGGCCAGAUCGCCGGUGCCGCGAACGCGCCGGGUCUCUGGAACAAAUCAGAGUGGUUUCCCAGUCUCGUCCGCAGCUCACUGCAGGUCGGGGCCGUGCCGGAGACCGUUGGGCCAACCCUCGACCGCGUCGACUGGGUUCCCGUCGACCUUCUGGCAGGUGUUCUCGUCGAACUCGCGCUUACUGAUGGCGACGACGGCGAAGUACAAGUCUUCCACCCGCACAACAUAUCCCCCGUCCCAUUCAGCGCGAUCACGCCCGUCCUCGCGUCGACACUGGCUACCUACGCAGGAAAGUCUGAAUCUGAACCCCUGCCCAUCAUCCCAUUGACGGAAUGGAUCCAGCGCGUUCGGGAGGAUAUUGAUCGCUCACACAGUCAGGAUGGCGAUCUCCAAGCCGCGCUGGAGCGAAACCCCGCUGCGAAACUGGUGUCGUUCUUCGAAGGGCUUGUCGCGUCGGCUAAUGGCGAGCCGGAUAAUGUUCUUGAGACGGCCAAGACUGCGCGGGUUAGUGAGACGUUACGUGCUGUUCCCGGGGUUAGGGAUGAGUGGAUUCGGAAGUGGGUUGGGGAGUGGUUGGCGUAG